AUGGUGCAAUUAGCAUAUUAUGAUCAACACUUUGUGCCAUUAGAACACUCUUACCAACUGGCCACCACCAAUUCUGUGCUAUCCCACAGUAAUCACCUUGUGGUACGUCCAGUAAGCUCUAAGCAGAAGGUGCAAAACUGCUCAGUUUUGCCCUCUGCCAAGGACACAAUUUCACAGGGCUUCUUUAACAGGGUUCUGAAAUCACCCAUCUCCCACUCCAAACGUCAGGAUGGAUCUUCACUAGACCUCCACCAGAGAACUUCAUUGUGGCCUACUUGGAGAGCCCUGAGCUCACAUUUGCUCCAGUUUAAAUCUCAGACAUCAUCCUCUUUACUGGAGUCCAAUCAAACAGCUCUGAGCUCACAAUUACCCCUCUCCAAGCCUACCAUUUCAUCUUCCCUAGGCCUUUGCUGGACAUGACCCUCUCUGAAGUCUAAUCAAAGAGUCUCAAGUUCAUCAUUAUCCUCCUUUAAACAUCAAGAAAUAUUUUCCCUAGACACUCUCUGGUCAUCAUCUUUGGGACCUAAUCAAAGAGUCUUUAAUUCAACAUUACCUCAAUCCAAGCCUCAGAAAAUGUCUUCAUCGGACCGCCUUUGGACAUUUUUAUUAGAGCACAGUCAAAGAUCUGUGAGCUCACCAACACUCAGCUCCGCACCUCGAACAAAUAGCUUGCUUCAGCCAUCAGCUUUGGUGAAGCCCAAUCAGGUGGCUUGGACCUCACUGUUACCUCCCUCCAGACCUCAGACACCUGUAUUCAGCUCUAAUUACAGUGUUCUGAGCUUACCAUUGUCCCACUCAACACCAAGGGAAUCACCUUUACCACAUUCUUCCCAUCAGACUCAGAGUUUGCCAUUCUUCCAGCCCAAAUCUCACACAGUGCUUACACCUGAUAGUGCCAUCAGGAACCUGAGCUCACCAGUUUGCUACUCCAAGUUUCAUAACACUGUUUUACCAAAUGACAAACGCAGAGCCACACAUUUGCCUUUACCUCCUUCCAAACCAAAUGUCUCAGAUCAGUCAUUCUCAAGCUGCAAACACUGCCUCAGGAACAUAGCUGCUUCAACACUGGGCUCCAGACUCCGGAGUAAAAGCGGCUUUGAUCUUUGUGCAAAGACAAAAUAAAAUUAAGAAAUUUCAUGGACUUUAGAUUACAUUUAUCCCUGCAUUGUUAAAGGUGGAACUGUCUCUGAUGAUGUUGUAAAUAAAAUUGUCAAUUCUCUCUCCAAGACCAGAAUCCAGAGGGAUCUGCGCAGGCAGAUUCUCUUUCAAAGGAUGAGGGGAAGGCCAAAUCCUCGUCCUGGUCCCCGCCUUUCAUCAAGUUAUGUGGUCUGUUUAGCAUGUGACUCCUGCAUAAAAUCUCAGUGUAACCAUCUUGCAGGAAGGGAAGAUCCUUGCAGGGCAACGCUGUUUGUCAUACCAACACCUCAGCCCAGUUCUGAGGGGGAAGUCAAGGUGAAGUUAGGCCUCAUCCUUUCCCUGCCAGAGACUUCCCUCUCGUCUUCUUUCUCAUUCCCUGUGAAAGAAAAUCAGCCUGAUGCAGCCCCUGGAAACAACCUUGAAGGAAUGGAGAAAACAUCACAAUUCUUCCCUGCAUCUGAAACCGGUAUCACCCAGCGGCUUAUUAUGAAGAAAAAAUGCCUGACGGCAGCCCCUGAAAACAGAGCUGUAAGCGAACAGCCCCAAGCCGUUGACUGGCUGCUUUGUGUUAAGAAAAGUAAUAAUUCUCAGCCACAGUCCCUGCUUUCAGACUCCUCCUCCUCCCCCUCCUCCUCUUCCUCGUCUUCCUCGUCUUUGCUGUCCAUCACACCCUCCUCACACCCUCCUCUAAAAGCCUCCACGGCAUCUACCCCUUCAGGGUGUGUGUUCACUAAGGUGCUCAGUUACCACCGGUUGCCUCCAGGGGUCUCCUGGCUUGACUUUAUAUGUAAUAAAAACUACCAGCUGUUUCCUGGGAAACCACAUCAAAGUCAAUCACCACCUUCCCAGACAAGGCCCACAGGGAAGGGGCCAAAGGGGCCACAGGUACUGCUCAAAUUAUUCCAGGCAAAGCCUCAAAUUGAGAGAAAUUUUGAUUAA